AUGAAGGCAACAGGGGAGGAGCAUCUUUUUGUGCACGGGGUCGAAAACAUCACGGUAUCGCUUGGCGAGACGGCAGAGCUCUCUUGCACGGUUGAUGAUCUCGGGUCUCACAAGAUAAGUUGGAUCCGAAAUCGGACAGUGCUGACGGAGAACCAGGAGGUGAUGCUGAAUGAUGCCCGGGUUUCGGUUUCGACUGUGGACAAUCGCACUUGGUCUCUUCACAUCGAACGCGUAUCGUCCGACGACAUCGGCUGUUACACGUGCCAGGUGGACGAACUGGAGAGCGUCGGCUGCAUCCUCACGUCAGGUGCCCAUGCCGUCGUGGAACGAGCCGUAACUUCCGGCAGAACUGUAGAGGACGUGAAUUUCUCCCACGUAGAGUCGCCCGUCCUAAUAGACGACGAAAGUAGCGGAGACGUGACGGUGAAGGAGUGGGAAAGGACUAAACUCUCCUGUCGGGCACGAGGGCACCCUCGACCCGAGAUCAAUUGGAGACGGGAAGACGACCGAAAAAUCCUGCAGAUUGGACCCAGCCAUUCCUUGGAUGGAGAUGAAACGUCCCUCUUUUCGUUUGGUUCUCUCAACGUUUUUUACCAUGAAACGGAAUCGGUGAAAGGGGAGGUGUUGGAUCUGACGAACAUCCACAGGGGCGAGGCCGGACCGUAUUUGUGCACUGCUUCAAACGGCAUCCCGCCUGAUGUCAGCAGACGCAUUCAGCUCAACGUUCAAUAUGCACCGGUAGCAGAUGAACUUUGGACGAGACUGGAUAUUAAGACGGGGAAGGAAGCGAGACUUGAAUGCACAAUGUCUGGUUAUCCGAAGCCAAAAAUCCUUUGGUAUUUCGACGAUAAACCCAUCAAUGGUUCCGCUGUGGAGGAGGAGGAAUUGGAGGUUGGCCACGGAUGGCGACAGCACAAGAGCUGGAGGCAGACAUUGGUGAUUCCAUCAGUCGAAACCAAGCACUAUGGCGUCUACGAGUGCCGUGGAGUGAAUAGCAUGGGCGGAUCCAGUUCUCACAUACGCCUACAGAUUCCGUCCAUGCCAGUGAACCUCACAUAUGUGAAUGGAAGUGCCACAACCAUCAAGCUCAAUUGGGAUUUGCCAAACGAAUCUGCUCAAGAACCCAUCAUCAGCUAUGAAUUAUAUUGGAAUGAUACCUAUACAAAUGAAGUCCAUUCCAAGAGCAUCCCAGUCACAGGAGUGUACAACUUGACCGGCUUGUAUCCAAGCAGUCAAUACCUCAUAUGGCUCGCAGCUAAAAGCAAGAACGGAGAAGGUGCACCAACUCCUCCGAUACUUGUCUCCACACGAACAUAUGUGCUUAGCGAACCGGAUGAGGUAAAGGCUGAGCUGGUGAACUCCACAUCUGUCUAUUUAAAAUGGAAACCUCCCAAGAAGAAAGAGCAGCAUCCGUUGAUUGUGGGCUAUGGAAUCAGCAUCCAGGAGACUGAUGAUCUCAAAAAACUCAUUGGGGAGCCACUCAUCUACAAUGUUCAAAAUGGAUCUGCAAUGGCGUACCUUGCCACAGAUCUGCAACCAGAUACAAAAUAUGAGGCUCAGGUGACGGCCUUGAUGCGUCAGGGCAAUGGGGCAGGAAGUAGCCUCAUUUUUUUCAAGACUCCUGGAGGAGUCCCUUCUAAGCCGAUACUUCACGUAAGGCUGUUAGUCGUAAAGACCAAUGGAGUAGCCAUUGAAGCAACAUGGACCAAACCAUCCAGGACAAAUGGGAAAAUUCAGAGCUGGCGCCUGCGUUUUGGAAAGCGAUCCGAAAAAGGAUGUGAGUAUGAAUUCCGACUUUCUGGCUGCAACAAUGUUGGAUGUGGCCAGGAAGCAAUGGCUAUCGGGAGAACCCCCGAGGGACCUCCCACCGGCCCGCCCGAAAACAUAUCGUUCCGCUUCAUCACUUCAGAUAUCAUCGUGAUCUCUUGUGAAGAUCCAAAGCCACUUCAUUGCAAUGGACGCAUCUUAGGCUACACUCUGCAAGGGUAUGAUCUUUUGCAAAUGAAAUCUUUGUCCAAGUCAAAGGGGUGCGAUGCAUAUAUGGUCACCUUUAUUCAGCUGAAGGUGACGGGUCAGGAAGAAAACAUUCCACUUUACUUUCGGAUCCGUGCCUACACCAGCAAAGGUGCAGGUCCCUUCUCUGAGAAGAUCCACGUCUCAAACACUCCUGGGAUUGUACGUGCUCCGAUCAACGUUCAGGCCAUGGCAACUUCUAAGGAUACAUUGGAAGUGUGGUGGGAUGAAAUUCCACGAGAAAGCAUUGCAGGAUACAGGAUAUAUUACAAUAUGGAUGAAACUGAGAAUCUAGAACUGUGGAUGCAGAAAGACAUUUCGUGCACGUCCUCCGCCGAAUUGCAGAAUCUAGUGCGAUUGGGCGAGUACUCCAUACAAGUGGCUGCCCUCACCAAAGGCCGUAUGGUGUCUGCUCAGGGAGACUUGGGGAAACUGUCAGAGAUGAUACGGGUGAAAGUGAGUCCAGAAGAAGUCCCCCUGGAUUUAUGGGCUACUCGCGUGGAGCAGAAUUACAUGGUCCUUCGAUGGGAGUCACCCAAUGCUUUCGUUCCUUAUAAAUAUAAGGUUUCAUUUGACGCAGUGAAAGAGUUUACGGACGAAAACGGAGCGACACAGAUAGAUGUGAUCCCACCCCGAAUCAUAUUCCUCAAUCGCACCGAUACAUCUUACACCCUCCAUGGACUGACCCCCUUCACAACAUACAAGGUGAACGUGAGUGCAGUCCCACCCAAGAAGGACUAUCGUCCUCCGGCCAGCAUCUAUAUCACGACGAAGAUGCAGGAUCGCCCAUACAUCGCGGCAAAGUUCAUUGGUCGACAUGUCCCAUACAUCUUCAACUUGGGAGACCCUCAGACCUUCAAUGGCUAUCUCAACAAGCCCUUGUCUAAGAGGAAACGCUACAGGAUCUUCCUUCGAGCCUAUGUCGAUAGUCCCACUGAGCCAAAUCUGUUUGGUACAAGUAACAUGUCAAGCUUCCUGUCCCUGGACAUGAUCCCGGUUCCCCCAGGGGCGAUUCCAAGCAACCGCCUGCUCUCGAGUGCCACUGCUCACAUGUCAACCGAGAAGGGAAAUUCGCUUUGGGUGAUCGGUCCUGUGAUCGCGGCCUUGCUGCUCGUGUCGUGCCUCGCCCUUUUCAUCUAUUUCAGAAGGCGUAGAAUCGUGGAAAAGACCCAGGAAUCAACUACUGCGUCCAACCCAUUCAUACACUGUGAUAUACUGGCGUCGACUCCGAGCCUCGGCGAAUGACUGCUGCUGAUAACUCUGUGAAACUGAAAAUGUUCCAUGACAGAGACGGAAAUUUGCUUCCCCAGCGUCUCAGCACCUCCCCUUUGAGCAAGUCUUUUCUAGAUGGCAGUCUGCUGUCUUGACUCAAGAAGGGCCGAUCGCCCUAUGAAGGGCCAGCAUGGUCUCUGGGCUUAACCCCGGCUGACUUCUUUUCAUGGGGUUCGAUCAAUGACGUUGUGCAUGCGACGAAAUCUCGGACUCUUCCAGCACCGAAGGACACUCUCGCUGCCACAAAGCGGAGCUUGCCAGUGGAGUCAUGCCAGCGAGUUUACCUAGCACUACCAGUAAGACUGCAGUUGUGCAAAGACUUCAUCAGUGGACAAAUUCAACAGUUUUCAUGAGAAACUUUAUGGAAAAAAGUUCGUCAUACACAUUUGCUUUUGUGAGUAUCACUGCUUAGUUCC